CAGACCUGCCUGUAUCGCCCCGCCCAUUUUAUAUCCUCGUCCAAUCAUGAAUAAGCAGCGUUUAACGCCUCAGCAGCGGCGGAGGAUUCAAACGGAAGAUGUAAGAUGGCCGCAGAAAAAGACACCGAUGUAAAUAAACGAGACAGAAGGGGUACGGUGUGCAAUGUUGUGAUCAGUCAAGACACAGAAACGGGGACGAGUGGUGAUGGCCGGCCACCCAUCAUCUUCAAUCCUGACUUUUUUGUAGAGAAGCUGCGUCACGAGCGGCCUGAAGCAUUCACUGAGCUGGUUCUGAGCAAUGUCACGCGCCUCAUCGACCUCCCGGGUGCCGAAUUCUCCCAGUUACUGGGGGAAGAGGAGCCCAAGACUCCCAACGGCACUGCAGUGGGAGGCUUUUUUCGCUCCUUCAACUUCCUUAAACGGAAAGAUAAAGGCGUUGUGUUUGGGAUGCCACUAACAGAGGAAGGAAUAGCCCAGAUAUAUCAGCUUAUCGUUUACCUCAGCAAAAAUCUGCAUGCUGAGGGUCUUUUUCGGGUUCCUGGGAACAGUCUGAGACAGCAGAUCCUCAGGGAGCAGCUCAACAGCGGGACCGAUAUCAACUUUGCCUCCGGUGAUUUCCAUCCCAACGAUGUCGCGACCCUUCUUAAAACAUUUUUGAAAGAGCUGCCUGAGCCCCUACUAACCCAUCGCCACUUACACGCCCAUCUGAAAAUCACAGAAUUGACCAUGUUUGACGAUCGGGGCAAUAAGACGAAUUUGCCGGAUAAGGAGCGUCAGAUCGAGGCUCUACAGCUUCUCCUGAUGCUGCUGCCAACAGCCAAUCGCACCCUUCUUAAACUGCUACUGGACCUUCUGUACCACACCGCCAAACAACAAGACAAAAACAAGAUGUCUGCACACAAUCUCGCCCUCAUGUUCGCCCCACACGUCAUCUGGCCCAAAAACAUGAAUGCCAGUGACCUUCAGGAGAACCUGAAGAAGCUGAACAACGGCAUGGCAUUUCUCAUCAAACAUUCUCAGAAGAUCUUUAGGGCACCAGGUUAUCUGAGGGAACACGCCAGGCUGCAGUUCGCCAACUCCAAAAUUAUUCACUCCAAGGACGAUUUGGAGCUGUUGUCCGUCAGUGGUUCUCCGUUCAUACAGGCGUGUAAGAGGAGCGGUGCGAGAGUUGCUUUAGACCCUGAGAAUCACACAGAAGAGGCACUGAAAGAGCUUUAUCAACACGUCACUGAUAACAUGCCAAGCUCAGCCAAGAAGAAAAAGCUUAUCAGACAGCUUGGUAAGCAGUCCACCCCAGGUACCCCUGGCAAUGACAACACGACACCUACGAGUAAAAAACACGCCCGCUCUCGGUCCUUCGGUGGUCUUAUCAAGAGGAAGGUUUUGGGGAAUCAGCCUGGAGACCGGAGGGGUCGACACGUGUCACCGCCAUCCACAUCUGGAUAUACUGCAGGUCCAGGAAAGGAGAACAUUAGCUGUGAGCCAGUGAGCUAAACACCACCCGCAUGAUCAUCACUGUUGUGUUCAGGUGGGAAGAAGUUCCCACAUAACUAGUUUUUCUUUAAAUAAAACUUUUCUUUUUUCCAAAUUCUGCCUGCAUAGACGACUUCAGUGUAGAUAGCCGGAGUAUAUAGAGUCUUUAUAUUUUUUAUUGUAUUUAUUUCUUUUUAUUCUGUGUUGUUUUAACUUGCUAAAAGUCGGGAGAAACCGUUACAUCAGGUUUGCAUGGGUAAACCACUAGUCAGUGCCACUGGGCAUUUUAUAACUGACCCGUGAUAACACAUUUGUUUAUAUUUGCGGUGUGUAUUUAUGUAAAUAUAUAUGCGUGUGUGGAAUACAUUCGCUGAUAUCUGGGCCGUACGUUAACUUGCAUUAAACUUUCAAUUUACACUGUAAUCCAAUGUGAUAGACACAAAUAUGUAUUCAUAAUGUGACAUUUUACAGAACACAGGAACUGAUAUAUUUGUUUACAUAACAAUAGUUGUCUUAACGCUGUGAACAUAGACAAUAAGUGAAUUGUGUAAAAUAAUGUGUUUGUCUUAAAAUGUGAUGCUAGAUACAGUUGGCUUAUCUUUUUUGGUGCUUUGCAUAAUUUUUUUUACUGGUUUUCAUACUCAAUAUUUAUGUUGUGAGAUGCAUGCAUGUUUCUUACUGUUUCAUGUAUAUAAUGGGCUUUAAGCAUCUUACAGUGCAGUUUACAGAUUUUUUUGAAGGUUUUUGUAUGUUGGAAGUAUGAUGGUAUGCGAUUGGUUUUCAGAAUUUGUUGAAGGGUUAAUGUGUGAACACUUUUGUGUGAUUCAAACUUGAUUUAAAGUGAAUCCAAAGUGUUCAGCGGGCUUGUUGCAUGUUGUAAGUUGUGUUUGGAGCAGUAAGAAUUAAAGAAUGUUAUAAAGGGAAUGAUUGAUAUUUCUGGUUUGACUUCAAUUGUUAAAGAGUUUUAUUUCUCAAAACAGUGAAUUUUUUCAUGCUAUUGGGAGCUCCCAAAAGCUCAGCUGUAUAUUGUCAUGCUUUGAUGUCACUUCCUGCCAUCGUCUUUACAUUAUUAUUUUUAAUAAACAUGGUUACAGGCACAUUCUUGCUCAAGUUUAGACAAAGAGAUUUUAGGUUUUGCUCAAACAUGGGUCAGUAAUUUUAGGUAAAUCCUGGACUGUUCACAAACUUUCCUCCCAGAACUCAAAAACUUUUGGUAACUGUGGUCAAACUCUUAAGUUUACAUUUUGGGUGCCACGGUUCAGCUGUGAUGAAUUUUAAUUAUUGGUUGUUUAUAUAAUUGUUUGCGUGGGUGUAAGUGUGUGUUAUAUUUGGAAGAGGGCAUAUUUUUUAUACAGAUGGUACCAUGCAGAGGGUAAGGAGUUUGGAAAAUGAUGCAACACAAUUUUGGCAAUGCAUUGAUUAGGCCUAAUAAACCUUGUUAAAAAUGAUCUAUUAAAGGCCUAGAAUUUCUUAUUUGUUGCAAUCGAUUAGUGCAGUUUUAAAUCAUUAUUUCAGCUGUGAAACAUUUCUGUUGUCUGCACUACUGCAAAGGCUAUUUUUUAUUAAAACUUUUACCAGAAAAGCUGUGAA